AUGGCACUUUUACAAGAAACAAAGAGGUCACAAAUAGAUGUAGAGUUUGAGAGAUCUUGUUGGUACGAAGAUAGGAUGGACUUCAUGGCAGUGGACUUAGUUGGUGUAGCUGGUGGCCUUUUGUGCAUAUGGAAUCCAGAUGCCUUUCAAAUGGUGGAUUGCUGUUGCAAACCACAAUUUCAUCAUUUUGUCAGGAAUAUUUCUGAAAGGAAUGGAUGCUAUAGGAGAGAUAGGGGUAUACGUGAUUUUAAUGAUUUCAUUGACAAUUUGGAAGUGUGUGACAUGCAUAUGAUGGGGAGAAAAUUCACAUGGUGUAACUCUCAAGAAGGUGAGAGGUGGAGUAGGAUUGACAGGUUUCUGUUAACUCCAGAAUGGGUGCAAAAUUUCAAUUUCAAGCUUUGGGGCUUACCUAGGAGGUGGUCAGAUCACUGCCCUAUUCUUUUAAUGGAAGAUGAUAGGGAGUGGGGUCCAAAGCCAUUUAGAUUUCUAAAUGCUUGGUCCCUACAUCCUCAAUUUAAAUCCUUGGUGGAUAAUACCUGGGCUGAAACCAUUGUUCAAGGUUGGGUUGGUUUCAAGUGUUUAAGGAAGCUUAAAGCACUUAAAUUAGUUCUCAAGCAAUGGAACAUUGAAGUCUUUGGAAAUGUGGAAUCUAAACUCAAGCUUCUGGAAUGGGAACUGCAUUUGCUUGACCUAACAGCUGAAGAUAGACCUUUAACUGUAUUAGAACUUGCUAGAAGAAGGGAGGCAAAAGGGGAAGUAUGGAAGUUGACCAAAAUGGUGGAAGGGGUUUGGUUUCAGAAAUCUAGAGUUAAUUGGGCAUUAAAAGGUGAUAAAAACACUAAGUUUUUCCAUAUUUUGGCUGCCUCAAGAAACAGUAGAAAUGCAUUGUGUUCAUUAAAUGUAAAUGGGACCAUCAAGGAGGAUCCUGAAGAAAUAAGGGCUGAAAUGUUGCAGCACUUUAGGAAUUAG